UCCCGCAGUCCAAAACGGCACCAAGAAUAUUGCUCCUACCUUUCCUGAAUCUUCCUACCGUGCGUGAGCCGUCCCCAGUACCAGUACUCACCACCUACGCGGUCGCCCACCGCGCCGUCGCCGGCGCCGGUCAGCCCCUCACCGCCGCCUCCCGUUCGCCAACGACGUCGUCGCCGUCGGCCCUAUCCCCCGUCAGCUCCGUCAAAGGCACGGAGAAACGAACAAACGCGAGAGAGAAAACAAGAAGAGGAGGAGGAGCCGACGCAACCGAGGCCCCAGUUCCGAUUGAUCUCCGGUUCCCAGAUCGGCCAGGGUUCUUGCUAGGAUCUUUGGGGGUGGGCUGGCGACCUGGUGUUGGGUGCUUGAUGGGUUUGUUCGUUCGUGCGUGUGAUCCGCCGUGGGAGGAAAGAGGAAGAGAUUGUUCUCCUGAAGAAACCUUACCAUUUCCGUUGGUGUUUUGAUGAAUGGAUAUGUUAGGAUUGGUUUCUUUCUGUUAUUCCCUGCAAGUUUCGUCAAGCUCAGCUUUGCGAUUAGUUACUAUGAGCUUAUUACAAUUUUUUACCUUUCUACAAGUUAUUCAUUACCGAUUUUUGUACCUAAUAAUGUGGUUCAAUUUGGGAUUUGGAAGUAUGCCUGCGAUUUUGUCUGGUAUUAACAAUUUAGCUCUCAACAAGCAAAAGCAACCUUUUGAGGCUAGUUGCAGGCUGCAGCAGAAGCAGAGUGAAUUAAGGGCAUUCAAGUGUAAAGAACAGAGGGUAUACUUAAAAUCAUUCUUAUAUUUUUAACAACUAUUAUGUCUCAUGUGGUACUAUAAAUGGGAACUUAAAUGAGAUUAGUUGUUAAUAAAAAUUUCUGUAGGAAAUAUCUUUGCAUUUUAGCCUGUUUUUCCUUAUGUCCACUAUUAAGGUUGGAAUAGGUUAAACAGUGUACAGGUGCAAAUCAGAACCUGAAAUGCUGAUAGUUACCUUCCCCGUACAUUUGACUUUAUGACCGGACGGUGCAUUUCUUUGCUCCGAAAUGCUGAUGGUUGUCUUCCUCGUACUUCGUUAAUACAUUCCACCAUUAACAUGCAUUCCUCAUACCUUAGUAGCAACAGUUUUGUGUUUAUGUGAAAAUAUCAAAGAGACAUAAUACACUAGUUUCCUGUCAUGAUAUCUCAUGGUUAUUUUUUACACGUAUCCAUCCUAUUAGAGAUUUUUAUAUUAUAUCAUCCUUUUGUGUGCCUACUUGAUGUUUAUGCCAUUGUUUUGAAUUAACCAGCAAUGGCUUCAUCUUCGGACCCAUGGAUGAAAGAGUACAAUGAGGCAUCUAGGCUUGCUGAUGAUAUCAAUUCCAUGAUUGCCGAUAGAGGGUCUCUUCCACAAUCAGGCCCGGAAAUUAUACGUCACACAUCAGCCAUUCGAAGAAAAAUAACUAUUCUUUGUACUAGACUGGAUAGCUUGGAAGCAUUGUUGUCCAAGAUUCCUCCGAAGUCACUCAGUGACAAGGAGUUACACAAGCGCCAAGACACGCUUUCCAAUUUGAAAUCUAAAACAAAACAGAUGGCAACAAGUUUUAACAUGUCAAACUUUGCCAACAGGGAGGACUUGCUUGGUCAGAACAAGAAGGCAGCUGAUGAUAUGAGCAGAGUUGCUGGUUUGGAUAACCAAGGGAUUGUUGGCCUUCAGAGGCAAAUUAUGAAAGAACAAGAUGAAGGUCUUGAGAAGCUGGAAGAGACAGUCCUGAGUACAAAACAUAUCGCUUUAGCAGUCAAUGAAGAACUUACCCUGCAUACGAGAUUGAUUGAUGACUUGGAAGAUCAUGUUGAUGUUACAAACUCGCGUCUUCAGCGUGUGCAAAAGAGGCUUGCAAUUCUGAACAAGCGCACCAAAGGUGGCUGCUCAUGCAUGUGCCUGCUGCUAUCUGUCGUCGCAAUAGUGAUCCUUGCUGUUAUCGUGUGGCUUCUUAUCAAGUAUAUGUAAAAUGGAUCCAUGACGUUUGUUCAACGCAUCACUUCUGCGCUACUCAUCAAAAUGUGCAGCCUUUUAAAGAUGUACCAUGGUUUUCAUCUCGGCUUUGUUCUCCUGGGUGGAAUGGUUUUAUCAGUGUGUGUACGUCAUAUGAGGCCCUGGCAUAUAUGCCCAACAAUAUGUCUGAGACUACCACUCACGUGGAAUUUGUUGGAUUGCAAUGAGAAGUAUAUAUAUGUUUUUGUGUGUGGAGAUGUAACUGCUGUAGCAUUGUCAAUCCUUGGCAUGUGCAUUCAGAAAGUGUGUGCGUUCAGAUAGGAUUUCAUUUUUCUGUGAUCGGUUGCUGUCGAUAUGUACAAGCUCAAUGUCAGCCACUCGCACAAAAUAUGUGAAAAAUUAUAGAUAUGGCGAUGGUUUGGGAUUUUGCUUA